UUUGUAAAACACUAAGUUUACUGUGAAAUAAUAAGCUUUUUACUAACUCCGAAAGCUAUAAACAAUGGAAGAAAAAGAAAUCGAACUUUUGAAUAAAUUGGAAAAUGUGAAGGAACUUAGAAGUAGGACAGUUCAGUUAGAGAAGAUCCAUGGGAAGUUCUCAAUUAACUGUUGUUUUAAAUACUAUGUUUGUAGAAGUAGAACAGUUCAGUUAGAGAAGAUCCGUGGGAAGCUAAGACAUGAGAUAGAUGGGUCAGAAACAGAGGAGAAAAGAUUGGAGGAAUAUAAACAGGAAAUGGAUCUCUUGUUACAGGAGAAAAUGGCACAUGUUGAGGAACUCAGACUCAUACAUGCUGAUAUUAAUCUGAUGGAGACCACAAUCAAACAAUCUGAAGAAGACAGGAAUAGAUGUCUAGAUAAUGCUAAGAAAAUGUAUGAAGAAUUUAAACCCUUAAAAGAUGAUAUAGACCACAUGAGAAAUCUGAUGGGAAUGGAGAAAUUACCAAGUCUGAAUGAGGAUGAAGAGAAACUUACUCCAGAAUUUUUUGAAAAGCAGAGUACAGAAUGGAACACAGAAGCCCCUCCUGAACCUAACAUUCCUCAACCAUUGAACAUUCCAGCACCCAAUACUCAACCAAUACCUGUACCACGGAACAAACCUACAGAGAGACAGCCUUUUAGACAGCAACCUCCUCCAAUGAAGGCUUGUUUAUCUUGUCAUCAGCAAAUCCAUCGUAAUGCUCCAAUCUGUCCUCUGUGUAAAGCUAAGAGUAGAUCCAGAAAUCCUAAGAAACCAAAGAGAAAACUAGACGAAUGAGAGAUUAUCUCCCAGAACCAAUGGUGCUGACACAAUGGUUGUGAAAAACAGGGUUCAUAGUCCCUAUAUGAUGUCCUUAGCUUGUAGAAAGUAGUGAUGUAGAUCUCAGACAAUUCUUAAUAAACAGUAGUAUACACAGUUUGUUGAAAUGAAGACACCACAUCAGCAUUGAUCAAAUAAUAUAGAAAUGUUGUAAUGUACUUAUUUUGUUAAAGAUCAUUUGAAUUGGCAAAUAUUUUGUAUGUAAGAUCAUGUUUUUAUUUUCUAUUCAUAAUCAGGAAUUACUAAGGUAGCAUUUUAGCAGCUUGGAUUUUUAUAUCUUAUUUUUUAUAAAUUUUUGUUCCUUAUAAAUGUAAAAUGUUGUGUUAAUGGCUGAAUAUAUGAAGGUAUUAAUUUUAUGAUGAAAGCAGCUUUAA